CUUUUUUAAAUUUAAAAAAUUUACAUUUUAAUCUUUUCUUCUAAGUUACUAUGUCAGCCGCCGUUUAUACUGUUCUUAACAAAGCAUAUGCAUUAGCUAAUAGUGACUCAGUGAGCGUAGAUGAAAAUUAUAAAUCUAUGAAACAAUUUAUUCUUAAUGAUGAAUCUCUAACGGAAAAUGAAAAAUUAGAAGCAAAAGAAUUAUUAAAAAAAGAAUAUGAUUAUACUAAAAUUCUUUAUGAUGAGGGGAAAAGAAGAGUUUGUAAAAACUGUCAACAAAAAUGUUUAGCAAAAUUAUAUUGUGAAUAUUGUAUUAGAAAUUAUUUAAAAUCAAAAUUUUCAAGUUGGACAUCUGAAAAUAAUGGUAUUAAUAAUCUAAUUCAGGAAUGUCAAAUGGAUUCACGUGCACCAGAUAGUAUUAUUGAAUGGAUUCCGUAUAAUAAUUUACAAGAUAUCAAGUAUCUAACUGAAGGUGGAUUCUCUGAAAUCUACAAAGCAGAUUGGAUUGGUGGUCGAUAUCAUGAAUGGGAUUCAAAAGAACAACAAUUAAAAAGAUGUGGAUCCAUGGAAAUUAUACUUAAAAAGUUAGUAAAUAUUGAAAGGGCUGAUAGAAUCUGGUUUGAUGAGGCCAAAUCUCACCUAACUAUAAGUAAUAAAUGGCCAGAUAUAGUAAAAUGUUAUGGGUUGACUCGAAACCCAUUAGAUGGAAAAUAUAUGCUUGUAAUGAUGAAAUUAGAUAUGGAUUUAAAAGAUUAUUUACGCCAGUAUCAUGAUCAACUUUCAUGGAACGAAAAAAUUACAAUUGCAUAUCAUGUAAUUAAUGCACUUGAUAGUAUUCAUAAAGAAAAUGUAGUUCAUAGAGAUUUACAUUCAGGAAAUAUAUUAUAUAAUCAAAGUUCUAAUUAUUGGCUUAUUAGUGAUCUUGGAUUCUGUGGACCUGUUGACAAGCCAUUAGGAGGUAUAUAUGGAAAUCUUCCUUAUAUUGCACCAGAAGCUAUAGUUGGAAAAGAAUACUCAUUUGCAUCUGACAUAUAUAGUAUUGCAAUGAUAAUGUGGGAAAUUUCAUCUGGACAACCACCUUUUGCUAAUUAUAAAAAAGAUUAUAAUCUUGCAAUGAAUAUUGUCAAUGGUAAGAGACCAACAAUUGUAUCAGAAACUCCUUUAAAAUAUGUAGAAUUAAUGAAGCAAUGUUGGGAUGCUGAUCCAAAAAAAAGACCUGAUAUUAAAAUGUUAUCAGAUAUGAUUAAUGAUAUUAAUAGGUUAUAUUACCCAAAUGUACCAACUAGUUAUAAUAAAAAAAAUAUUUUUAGAAAAUUCUUAAGAAAAUUCAAAAAAACUAACGCUAAUAAUUUAAAUAAUGUAAGUACUUCGGAAAUAAUGAGCUGUUAUAAUGCAGGACAUGCAAGUAAAAUUUAUAAUCUAAAUAAUUUGCCAGAACCAAAAAAUGCAACUGAAGAAGAGCAAGAAGCUUUUCAUAGUAAACCAUAUAGUUUUAGUAUUCCUGAAAAUAUUGAUGAUUUCAAUAAAUCAAAUGAUAAAAAUAAUAAUACAUCAAAAUCAAAUAGUAUUUUUAAAGGAAAUAGUAAAGCACUGUCUAAAGUACUUCAAAAACUAAAUAUAGGGCCAAGUAAUAAUAAUCAAAAUUAUCAUGAAAGAAGUAUUAUAAAUCAACAAGUAAAGAAUCAAGAUGUUGAUGAUAAUGAUGAAAUUUGUAAUAAUCCAAAUCUUCAUCCGGAAGAACAAGAAGAAUUCGAAAUUCCUAAUGAUGGGUUUUAAAUUAUUUUUACUACAAAUUAUAAUAUUUAUUACAACGUUAUUAUAAUAGGUUUAUUUAAACACUAGGAAUAUAGUAACACGCCAAUUAUUCUUAGUUUGUAAUUUAAAUAAAUUAAUUUUCUCUUAUUUUAUCAUAA